AUGUUGCUGCUAAUCGCAUUAAUUUCUAUUUGGACUGCCGAGGCAUUUCGAUCUGCUACCCCGAUUAACAUAGAUCGAUGCCGAGAUCAUGAAUGGAUACAUCGAGACUAUAUUGUUUAUACCUGUGCCGUGGAUGGAGAUGUCCGGACGAUAAAACCAUUUGCUUGCGAUCCUACCCGAGGAGCAAGCACCCAUUUAUUCCUCGCCCCUUUGGCUGUGAAUCGCACCAAAUAUCAUGAUAGUUUUAUUUAUGAAUGUAAACAGAACGAGACCGAUGGCAGCAUUUUAUUCCAUGCUAUAUCUUGCUACCCAGGCAAUGGGGUUCAUUUGAUGAAGCCUGGAGAAGUGGCAGCGGCUAAGCGUGGUGGAACGUAUUUUUGUUAUAAGGAUUUGGAUGGCAUUUUGAGGCUACGUUAUGAACGUCCUAUCCACAACCAUUGUGACAAUGGAGAUCCAACCGAUAUCGCAUGCAAAAUGGGAACUGCCGAGACGGUUUAUAACUCCGAGUACAGCCACGGCCGCCCGUUCACCAUCGAUGUCUCUACCAAUGUGCCAAAGGGUCCGACAGUUCUUGGAAGAAUAGCCAGAAACCGCGUAAACGGGACAAAGGCCGUGCCGAGAGGGUUUCUAGUGAAGGCGAUAGCGAACAAGAUUAGUUUGGAUCAAUUUUUGGAAUCGGAUCGAAUUGGCUAUGCAAAAAAU